AUAGCAAUUGGGCCUCAGAGCCAAAUAGACUGAAAUAUGGCAGAUGACAUGCAGCCGUUGUUGACUCCUGCCGUUGAAGAUAAAUCAACGUAUCUUGAACAAACAAGCAAGCCAGAAUUAAAUUCAAGAAGGCUCUGAUGUCUGAGGCAGGAGAGUCAUGCCUCAUGGCCUAUGCCCAGUCUUGUGUUGAAGUCCCCCAGCAGGUAAAGCUGUUCUGACUUGGGGAUUCUACUGCUAGCAGCAUCAAGCUCUUCACAGAAUUGGUCUUUCACCUCUAGUGGAAUACAGCAUUGGAGUAUGGAUAAUCAUGAGACCUUUCUAUGUGCCGCCCAGAAGCCUCCAUGGAAACAUAGACCCAAAGGAGCAGGUGACAGAAGAAGCUUCAGCAAUGAACAGCCGUGUUCAGUACUACAGCAAGUUGACCACUACGCACAAGACCUUGGUGCCACCUGAUCACGUCGUUCCUGCUGAAGAGAGAAUUUAUGUUUACAGUCCUCUAGGAAGUGCUCUCCAAUUUGAAAGUAGCAUCGAUGGCUUUGGAAAGAAUCCCAGCAUAGUCACUAUAUUUUCCAUCUGGAAUACCAUGAUGGGUACAUCCAUAUUGAGCCUUCCAUGGGCACUAAAGGAGGCAGGGUUUACUUUAGGGAUUAUCUUGCUCAUUUUAAUGAGUGUGCUGAUGCUGUACUGUUGUUACCGGGUGCUCAAAUCUCGACAGACAGUAGACCAUGUUGAUACAACAAACUGGGAGUUUCCUGAUGUCUGUAAAUACUAUUUUGGUUCGUUUGGCCAGUGGUCCAGUCUUCUUUUCUCUCUCAUUUCUCUGUUUGGAGCCAUGAUUGUUUACUGGGUCCUGAUGUCCAAUUUCCUCUUCAACACGGGGAGAUUUAUUUAUAAUUAUGUUCAUAAUGUCACAGAAAUGGACCAUGUUUUAAGUACGAAUGGGAGUGUUAAAGUUAUUUGUCCAAAUCCACCUGGAGUUCACCACAAGAAUAGCACAGACAUGCCCUUCAUCAUAAGCAAUGACACAGGCGUGCAUGAGUUUCAGGAGUGGUGGAAUAAAACCAAUACUGUUCCCUUGUAUCUGAUUUUCCUAUUGUUGCCUCUCCUUAGCUUCAAGUCUGCUUCAUUCUUUGCACGGUUCAAUAAUCUAGGCACAAUUUCAGUCUUCUAUUUAAUUGUACUGGUAACACUGAAGGCAGGGAGACAAGGAUUUCACUUGGAGUUCCACUGGUUUGAAUCUGCAAACAAUUUUGUAGCAGAGUUUAGGUUGUCUUUUCCACAUAUGACUGGAGUUCUUGCACUUGCUUUCUUCAUUCACAAUUGUGUCAUCACCCUGUUGAGGAACAACCAACACCAAGAAAAUAAUGUUCGGGAUCUCUCCAUUGCCUAUCUGCUCGUGGGAUUAACCUACUUGUAUGUUGCAGUGAUGACGUUUGCUGCAUUUCCUUCCCCAGAGCUAUCCAAAGACUGUAUUGAGCCGAACUUUCUGGACAACCUGCCAAGCAGUGAUAUCUUGGCCUUCAUUUCCAGAGUCUUCUUGCUGUUUCAAAUGACAACUGUUUAUCCACUCCUGUGCUACUUGCUUCGAGUACAACUACUGAGCCAGUUGUUUGGAAAUGUGUAUCCCAGUUUUGCUCACGUGUUCAUCCUAAACGUUGUGGUUGUGUGUUGUGGAGUUCUUGUCGCAAAGUUCUAUCCCAAUAUAGGAGCCAUCAUAAGGUAUUCAGGAGCAACUUGCGGUCUUGCCUUUGUAUUUGUUUAUCCAUCCCUUAUUCAUAUGAUAUCACUCCAUCGCAGAGGACAGCUGAGUUGGCCAUCUGCAAUCUUCCAUAGUUUUCUCCUAGUGCUUGGCGUGGCCAAUCUCAUUGCACAGUUCUUGAUAUGAGACUGGCAAAAAGAAAUACCAAAUCAAAUGAAUUACAUACUGUUCUUAGAGAAGAACUGUAUUUCAAUGUACUGUUCUCAUAUAUGCUAACACUUGCUGUCUUAAGUGUGGUGAUCAAUUGUUAAUCAGCACUUGCACCCAGGAGCUAGAUAUUUCUCCCAUUUUUAUAAGCUGCUCAAUUACCCUGUAAAUAAUUGGUAUAAAAUAGAGGUCAAAUAUUGUGGUUGCUCUUUCGUUUAUUUGCACAAUAAAACUAGUUAGUAAAUUGCACCUCUUGUGUUUUUCAUCAUGGGUUAAAAUUGGGUUCUAUUGAAUACUUUUAAUACAAACAAUCCAAAUAAUAUACAAGAUACAAAGCUGUAAGCACAUCUUGUCAAGACUACUUUUAAGUGCUAAUCUAAUGGGAUACCAUUUCCAUAUUUGUUAAAGCCAGAUUAUUUUUCUUUCUGCAAGCCAGUAAAUUUGAGAGACCACAUGUGGCACAGAGGGGAAACGUUUCUGCAAUGUUCCAUUGGAUCAGUUACCCUUGUCUCUACAUGUGGCUGUUUACAAUAUGGUAUAGAGAAGAAAUCUUCAAAGAUGCAUUUUGCUGGGCUGGUUUGAGGAAAUUUGGUCUAUUGGUUUAAAAUAGUCUGAUAUGCAAAUACAUAAGAAUGAAAAGGUUCCAGCAACAACUGGUUCUAAUGUGUGGGCAUGCAAACCCACUUACAAGCCACUUCAAUAGACUGAUCUAAAUGAUAUUUUUCAAGGUCUGCAUUAGUGUGGGUUGAACCCCUCACUUGUGCUCAAUUUUAUAACGCUAGAUUUUUCCCACUUAUUUGUGCGCAAGUGUUGGCAGACUAAUAUUUAGAUACCUCAGUAGACCUGGAACACCCUACCUUUUUGCUUACAUGACGCCUGUAUGUAAAUGUAAAAACAUAUUUUCAAAUUGUCAUGCUUAACUGAAUUUUCAGUAAUUUGAACAGUUCAGCUAACUUGGACACAAUGUACUAUUCUGCAUCAUGACAUAAUGAAGUUGACAUAUUGUUUAAAAAGAACUCUUAAUUGACAUGCCAUGCCAAGUCACAAAAGUCUAAAAAGAUUGAGGAACAAGCUGUGCAAGCUAGAUGUUAGUUUCUUGAUGAGUUUGCACUUUAACUGAUAAUGCCAGUUACUGGCAUCAAAACAUUUAAACUGAAUUCUUUAUGCCUCAGUUCUUUGUUGUUUUAUUGGUAAAACUUUCAAAUUGACAGACUGAUUACAACUGUAGACUGAAAGUACAGCAAAAGAAAAUACAGAGGAAGCAGUUGUGUUAACGAUGCAGUGUGUGUGUGGUCUCUGGUUUUUUUUGAAAUAGUAAUCAUAUUGUAAUGCAGCACCAUGAAAACGUUGGGACAUAUUGUUUUCUUCACUGAAUUCCUCAUCUGCGUCGCCAUGGGGAAGUGAUGUGUUGCUGGGCUCUUGACAAUGCUCGUACAGCUCUUGGGAGCAGGACUAGGAGUAGUUUAACUACACUGGUUGAGGAAACCAGGAGAGAUACAACUAUAGGUCAAGUACCCAACAUUUUGUUACAGUUUCAUUACCUAUUGCUUUUCUUGAAUAGAAUAUGGUGUAAUAAUACUUUAUCACAGCUAAGUUAAACCAAUGGAUAGGUUCAACUUCAGAAAUUUUACUGGGAAUAUUUGAUUUCUGUGGUAAACUAGACGGUUUGCAUGACAUUGUGAUGUCCAUUAAAGUAUUGUACCAGUUUAACAGGUACCAUGUACUUUCAUUGCUGUUUUCCACGAGGCUUUUUACCAAGUCAGUUGUGUUUUGUUUUUUCCCUCUGGUGCAGUGCACUUGAGUCUGUGAGUUCAUUAUAAAUCUAUACUUGAUUAUGUUAAUCUGCUCAUUUGAAUGGUACAUGUUCCAUCAAUAAAACAUAGCAUAUUUAAA